AUGAUGAAUGAAUCGCGUCUUGUUCCUUCAGAUUCCUAUGAAGACCAGACGCCAAAAUCCGAACAGAACGAAUCACUUGACUUCUUUGAUGUAGAUCAAGACACGUAUCCCAGAGCUUUCAACGUAUUGCAACAACAAUCUGUAAAUCUCUCUGAUAUAAAAUCAAAUAUACAUAGCAUUAAAGACGGCUUAUCCGAGAAAGAACUGCAACAACUUCAAUAUUUAGAAUAUCUCAUACAAAGUUUAGAGAACAGCGAUUUUGGAUCUGUUUUCUUAUGUGCAACAAAUACGAUUCCAACGCUUCAGAACGUAGUUUCAUCAUCACCAACGAAUGCCCCUCUUUGCCAAGUCGCUUCUUCCCUUUUGUCGAUUGUCUUAAAAUUGUCUCGUAUUUUCUCUUUUGUCAGCUGCACUCUUCCUACAUCUGUCAGCCAGUCUGUCGAGCGAUCCAAAGCUCCUCAGAAUAACCCGGAAGAAGAAAAUUCGCAACCAGACGAAAUGAUGGUUUUAUGUCGAAUUUGCGAAGAAUAUGUACCAAUAGAUCUUAUCGAGGAGCACUCGAAGAGUUGCGUUAUUGCAUACGAAUCCGAGUUUAACUUGAUUACGACCGAUGAACGAAUUAAAAAACUUCAAAAAGCGAUAAGAAAUUCAAUUUUAAACGAAAAAUGGCCAGGUGCACCAUCGAAAACCAUAAACGUUCUCCUCCCGAUGCUUCAUGUUACGAUGUUGCUGGAUGUUGCAACGUCAAAUUCAGACCAAUUAUCUCAUGCCGCCGAUGCCAUUUUUAAAAUGGAAAUUCCAGAUGCGACACCGAAUGUGACUUCUUUCCUUGCAAAAGCAAAGGAAUUGAUGCAAGAAAAAAUCCGUGCAAACGCUACUUACACGCAAGCCCUUCAGAACUCGGCAAAGACACGCUGUAACGGUACCUUCGCAGGAGCUCAAUCCUUACAAACAACGAUCGCUGAUUUUACCUUUAUAAGAAAAAUUUCGAGUGGAGCAUUUGCCAAAGUUUUUCUAGCAAUAAAGACACGUACAGGUGAUAUAUACGCUAUCAAAGUUACGCCUAAGAGCAGUUUGAAACAGAAAAACACAUUUAAGAGAGUUUUAACAGAAAAAGAUAUUUUGUUACAGAAUAGCAAUCCAUUCAUCGUUGACUUCUAUUAUUCUAUCAUUGGUGACCAUAACCUUUACUUGGUUAUGGAAUAUUUACCUGGUGGUGACUUAUAUUCGCUUCUUAAUAAUAUUGGCUCGCUUGAUGAAACAGCAGCCAGAAUUUAUACAGCACAAAUUGUUAAGGCUCUCGAGUACCUACAUUCUCAUGGAAUAGUUCAUAGAGAUCUUAAACCUGACAAUAUUUUAAUUAAUAUUUCGGGAAAACUCAAACUAACAGACUUCGGACUUUCGCUUUACGGUGCAUAUGAUAGAGCUAUACCAGACGAUAGCAAAACCAUUGUUGGAACUCCUGAUUAUUUAGCUCCCGAAAUUAUUUUAUCAUCAAAGCACAGUUUUACAGCUGACUAUUGGUCUCUCGGGUGUGUUAUCUACGAAUUCCUUACUGGAGCUCCUCCAUUCCACAUGGAAACUGAAAUGGAAACUUUUGCCCAAAUUUUGACAGGAAGAUUUGAUAUAGAUCCCCUUGAAGACAUGAGUGAUGAAGUCAUUGAUCUAAUCAAGCAUCUUCUUCAAGUUGAUCCCGAAAAAAGACUCGGAUUCAAUGGAAUCAAAGAAAUUAUGGAUCAUCCAUGGUUUGCUGGUCUUGACUGGGAUGCCAUUGAUGAUCUGGAACCUGUUUUCGUACCAGAACCUAAAGACAAAUACAGCGUUGACUACUUUACAGAAAGAUACAAUUUUGAGAAGGAUGAUGAGAUAGAAAAUGACAUUUUGGAUGACAUAGAGCGUGCAAAGACCCAGACCCCCCACUCUGUAUCAAUGACAGAUCUCAGUUCUCGAAAUUCCUUCGCAUCCAGAUUGGAAUUCAGCUCAGAAGAAGACUCCCUCGACAGCGAUGAAGAUAUGGCCAGUUUCCCUUCGAUUGCACUACAGAAUCUGUCCAGAAAGGCCACAGAAUUCCCUCUGGCCCCCGUACAUCGAAGGGCAAGCUCAGUAGACAAGCGGGCAAGCUUCGGAGUGAUAAGUAGCGUUCCUUCAGCCCCACAGGAUCUGACGCUAUCAAAGAGUUUCGCGUCUAAAGUUGGCAGCGCAUCAAUAAUUGAAUUGGAAAAAUAG